CUGGUGGAGGAGGAGCUGGACCGAGCCCAGGAGCGCCUGGCCACCGCCCUGCAGAAGCUGGAAGAGGCUGAGAAGGCGGCUGAUGAGAGCGAGAGAGGCAUGAAGGUCAUUGAAAACAGGGGCAUGAAGGAUGAGGAGAAGAUGGAGCUCCAGGAAAUGCAGCUGAAGGAGGCGAAGCACAUAGCGGAGGAGGCUGACCGCAAAUACGAGGAGGUGCAUGCCCACACCCACAUGUUGGGAGAGCUGGAGCGCUCAGAGGAGAGGGCAGAGGUGGCGGAGAG